AUGGGGAGAAAAGGAGGAUACAACUUCAGGGAUCAGAGGAUAACGACAAUUACACACCCCAUCUCUGAAUCCAAUUUCACUUCGGCUGGACCAAAACUUAGUAUCAGGAAUGAUACCUUCUGGUAUAGGGACCUGGUAAACUUGAAGCUUCUUGCAUUGUAUGACAAUUUGUUUACAGGAAAAAUUCCCGAUUCCAUCGGGAGACUUUCCAUCCUGCAUCAAUUCUCUGUCCACCAUAACAAUAUCUCCGGAAUAAUUCCAUCAUCCAUCGGGACUAUGAUUUCCCUGAAUCAGAUCUUCCUAGGAGAGAAUAUGCUAGAGGGAACUAUUCCUGCUUCUAUUGGGAACUGCACAUGCCACAUAUCUCAAUGA